CAGACUAGCCCAGCAGCGGAAUCCCGCUCUGGGUGCGCUCCCGCCUCCGGCUCGCCGGGCCGCUCAGACUAUGUCCUCCCCGGCCGGGGCUGCGUGAAACGCCCGGCAUCCCAGCACCCACAUGAGAAGCAGGAUACGCCAUGGCUACCACCGCCCGGCCGCGCGUCCCACGGGGCUGCCGCGGCGGACUCCAUUUCCCAGCAUGCUGAGCGGCCGAGAGGGGCGGGGCGAGGCGCGGCCCCGCCCGCGCAGGGGGGCGGGGCGUGCGGCGGCCGGGAGGGCGGCGGCCGCGGCGGGAUGGAGUCGGUGGUCUUCAUCUUCUCGCUGAUCGACUGCUGUGCCCUCAUCUUCCUCUCCGUCUACUUCAUAAUUACACUGUCAGAUUUGGAAUGUGACUACAUUAAUGCUAGAUCAUGCUGCUCGAAACUCAAUAAAUGGGUGGUCCCUGAGGUGAUUGGCCAUGCUGUUGUAACUGUAUUAAUGCUUAUUUCAUUGCACUGGUUCAUCUUUCUCCUUAAUUUGCCAGUAGCAACAUGGAAUAUAUAUAGGUACAUUAUGGUGCCAAGUGGAAACAUGGGCGUAUUUGAUCCCACAGAGAUCCAUAACCGAGGACAACUGAAAUCACACAUGAAGGAAGCCAUGAUUAAACUAGGCUUUCAUCUGCUCUGUUUCUUCAUGUACCUUUACAGUAUGAUUCUGGCUUUGAUAAAUGAUUGAGAAGUUGAAAAAGAACCAUUAGCUGCCAAAUUGGGUCAUCACUCCAGUGACUGGUUGUGGAGCCACAGACACCUUCCGAACAUACCUAGAUCAGUGUCGUCAUGCAGUAUAUUUUUCCUCUUUGAACAAGAAAUAUUUUUCUGUAUUUUUAACAUAAAAUAUUUUCAAAAGACAUUGGAUUUGUGUAGCAGUUGUUUUUGUUCCUUUACAACCCAAACUGCUGGAGCUGCUGUUUUUGUAAGAUUAAAUCCUUGUUUACAGAACUGAUCUCAUAGGACUUAAAUGGUGAUAAGGGAAACUUAUUUCUGCAGCAUGGGCUGAUAACAGUGGUAGUUCCAGAAGAAAUUUAAGUGCAGCUCUGUCUGCUUCUUGCAGAAAGGCAUCAGGAUGUGCCUCUGGCUGUCAAGCUGUCCUACUAGAGCCUAGUUUGAAGCAGCACUUGGAACGUGAAGUGGAACACUAGCACAGCUUGCAUCUUUGUGUCAGUGUUUUUUCCAGCUAAAAAGCAAUGGAAUAAAAGUUAUGCUUUUCCCCCUUUCCACCCUUCCCUCCAGCAAUCUCUAUAAGUCUUGUGUUUGGAUGGAUGAAGGUCCCUUUGGUGAAAGUGACAUUUGUAUGUAAGAGUGAAAAACAGAUAAAUAAGGAAAAUGAUUAAUACUUGCUUUUUCCCUUCAACUCCUAUUUUGUCACUGAAACAGAUCAUAAACCUCCAUAUAAAGUAAACAUCAUAUUGUACCAGGACUGGAGUUGGUUGCAGAACAAAAGCCUACCUACAGCCACUACUCCAUGAACCUGCUGUUUCCAUAUCCAGGGAGGUGAAUCAAGAGUAUUUAGCUCAGGGAAGGGGUCUGGUAAGCCAGUUAUCCCAAUGCUGAUGUGACUCUACUUCAAAGAUACCAGCAAACUAAGUUGGUUUUGUGCAGCUCUUGCAUCAGCGAUAAGUAUAUAAACCUGACUUUGUAUCAUCCUUGUCUUUAAUUUUUUUAUAUGUGCAUAGAAGCAGGUUUUUUGAAAGAAACACAUAAAGUGAAACACUUAAAAAAUACAGUUCUGUAAUCAAGUCUUAAAGUUUAUGAGCUUUUCCUUCUUAAGUACUCCUUGUUCUUUGGUGUAGAGCUGUAGUUAACAGAUUGAUUUCAUGGCCAGCAGUGAAAAGACAACACUGAAGCUUGAUUUCUCUAGAUACCUUGUGUUCAUUGUUCUAGGAAAAGUCUGGCUUUAAAUUUGUGAUGGAUGGAGUCCAAAUUCAGCUGUUGCAAAGAUGAAAAACUGCUGAAAAUUAUGCUCAUUAGGAAAUAACUAAUGAAAUCUCUACCACAGCUGCAUGCCACUGACUACCUGACACCACAAAAAUCAAACUACAGAAAGUACUGCUGCCUUACAAAGCUGAAACCCUGACAGGAUAUAGGUCUGGAAAAAAAGGAGAGUAAAUAAAACUUUAAAAGAGGAGAGUCGGUAACUUUUGUAGCAGCUUAUAUGGUAGGCAAUUAAGUUAUCUUAUUUGUCUGUGAAAAAAACAUCCUGCAUAUUUUGGGUGCUACCUAUUAGAAGAACAAGCAGUGUUGGUAAGCUGCUUGAGUUAAACCCUGGCUGUAGUGCUAACAGUAGGUAAGUGUCAUUAAUGAUGAUUCACACUGAGAAACAUGAUCAUUAAUCUAUAAAUCCACCACUUUAGCAUAAGAUAUAAAACUGCUAGUUUAAGGCAUGAUUUUGAGAUAAGAGCUUUAUUAAUAAUGAAAAUGUGUAUAAGAUACAUUGUUUUCAAUUAUUUCUAGCUAUUAGCACCUCAGACUUGCAGUGAUGGUAUUAGGUAGGGUAGAUCCAUUCCCUAAUAGAAUUGGUAAAAUUUAUCACUCACUAUGAAAAGCUUCUAUUCUCCUCUACUAAAGGAAGUGUUUCCUCAGAGCUGGGAGCAGGACAGGUAAGGAUAAGGGAAAAGAACAACAUAUCUGAAAAAAAAAAAAAAGAUUGGGGGUAGUAUAUGUCUUAAAUGAUAUCUUUGACUUAGAGGGAUGGUAUUGUGGAUUCCUCCCCACUUCCUUCCCAAGGUGAGUUAUUGACCAUGAAGACCAACAAAAAAAAUGCAGGUAUGUUUUCAAAGCAGUGGUUGUCAAAUAUUAAACAAAAUCUACUUUUAUAUGAAUGCAAACUUCCCACCCCACUUUUUUUAUAUAAAUAAAUCCUCUGUUCAUUCAUUUCUAACAUCGUUAUAAUAGUUGUAAAAACCUCAGUAGCAGGCUCUAGAGACUUCAAUUCUGCUGAGUAAUUACACUGGCAAUUUUGAAGCCUUCCUUACUGCACAGGGUCAUUUCCUGCCUUAAUAGAGCUCAGUAUCAGCAAUAGGAAAAUAUAUUUGUAAUUGCUAAAAGUGUAGUUCAUUAGCUAGAAAUAGGGAUCCUAUAGUCAUCUCAUGGGAGAUCUGCAGAGCACAGAAGCUUUACAGUAAUAAAAAUCAAACCAAACUCCUUAUUUUCUGGGUUUCCAUCAAGGAAGAACAGGGUAGUUUAAAUCCAAGCUUACAAUACAGAAUUCAAGACAAUUACAAACCUCAGUGGUUUUAAAUAAAAAUUGACCUAUCGCUAUCAAUCACUGUGAGACCAAACACAGAUUCCCUCUUACUCACCAGAAUAUAUUUCCCUUGGGAACUGAGAUGUCCCAGUGUAACUUCAUGAGGGGACCAUUAACUUAUUUUUCAACUGAUUAGCUAUGAUUUACAGAAAGCUCUUAAUCCAGGAAAAUAAAUCUGACAUUGUCCUACAGGGAUUCUAACUUUUAACCAAGGUUAAACUCUUUUCCUAACCCACACUCUAGAGCCCAGUCAGCUUGCUAAGAUAGCAGUUGUUCAAUAGUUUUCAGAGACAUGAGAUAGCUGUUACAGUACUGCACCUGGGAGCGGGGGGAUUAGUUAAAAUAUGUAUGAUAGCAUGUUUCCCCUGAUCAAUCAUUACAGAGUUGGUAAUUUCGCCUGUUUUAUUAAAGAAUAUACUUCUGUCUUCCUCCUAGUGAAAUACUGGGUGUUUCUAGGCUAGUCCUGUAUCAUCCAACAUAGUAGAUCAGUGAGAAUGAUAGUGUGAUGAGUAGCCCUAGGAACAGUUCUAUGUGCAGGUUAACAGUCCACCUAAAUCCCUGACAAGCCCGUAAAAGCAUAUCUUUAUCUGUUCAGUCCUGGCACUGCUUUAUUCUGAUUCUUUUUCUCACAAGAAGCUCUCUAGGAUUUUGUACAAGUGCUAAGAAAAGACCAUUUUUGGCUCUGAGGAUAUGGUAACGCUGAGAGUGUAGGUAGCAAUAGAAAAAUUUGGGCUAUAUAGACCACUGUGCGUUAACCACCUUAUCUUUGGCAGAAGUGUAGAGGCAUCUAAACAUCAGUGGUUACUCUCCAGAGCGCUAUAGAUCUUUCAAAGCGGGGAGACAACUGGGGCUGCCGUCUUUCUGUAAAGAGUUGAUAGCUUAAGCAUGGGCAAGGUGAGAGAGGGGCACAUCAGGCAGCACAGAAAGCACAGGCCAAGGGCUAAAGAGAGUAAAACAGAAACUGUGCCUCUGGAGAAGUACCCUACCCGAGGCAGAGUUUGGAUUUAAGCCAAUUAUUAAAUGCUCAUCUACUAUCAGAUUCCUUAUGUAAUUUCUUUUAAAUAAUCGUAAAGGUUUAUAAAAAAAAUAAAAAUUACACUUGAAUUUUACAUACGCUGAAAUUUCACAGUUCUAUAGAAAUCAUAUACCUGUUUCUCUUGCAUUCUUCUCACCAGCUGAAGGCAGACAUAGGACAGCAGAUGAAGCACAGUAGCAAACCCAGCCAAAAAACUUAACUUCCUUCAUCUGCUGUGUGGCUCAUUUAUGGCUGAAGCAGGUCUGCAAUCUAACAACCCUCCUGCAAAUAUGAGCACCCAAGGGAAGCAGCACAUGGAAAGGAAUAAGGCGUGCCCCUUCUGAUUGCAGCUGCAUUUAAGCCAUAAUUAUCUACACACUGCUUAACUUUAUUCCCCGCCUUACAAUUUAAUACAAAGGUGCUACUGGAGGGAGUAAAGACCUUUUCUAAUCAAUAGAGAAGCUCAAAACAUUUAAAAGUGUAAUGCACUUCAGCAAAAGGUUUGAGUUUGAAAAAGCUAGAGGAAGGGGAGGGCAAAUUUAGAUAUCACCUUUAGUUUAACAGAACAUUAGCUAGAGCUGAAUAAAAAUGCCCGACGAAGAUGAGGUUCUGUUCUAAGGCACAGGGAAGAGGGACAAGAAUGCAGAGUCAGCUGGAGGGAACAAAGGCAACAGCUGAGAAGUAGAGCUGUCAGCCACAGAGGCUGCUUCGGUCAACUUCAGAUAGAAGUCCGGAGGCCCCUGACCUCCAGGUUAAGAGAAGUCUAAGCAAGAGAUGCAAGUUCUUUAGGAGCACCUUCUUCAUAUGAAGUAUCAGAAAAUCCCGCAAAACCCACCGAGCACCUAAAGCAACCCGUGUGUGGUAUUUAAGCAAGCUCCAGCAUUAGGGAGUUGAGGCUUCCGUGGAGCCUCGAAGGAGCCGACGUUCAACAAGUCAGAGAAGCGGAGCGGGACACAGGCAAGGCGACUGCUCAAUGUACAGCAAACACACAAGCGUGAGGUAGGUCAGAGCCAAACAUCAAAGACUAGAAAGCCUGCACCCAACACCGAGUGAAUUCAUCUUCAGCUAAACUGCCACAAAUUAAUUUUCCUAGCAAGGAAGUAAAAUGCUACAAAUACGUAAGAAAUCUACAAUUAAUGAUCAAGAAAUUAGCAUCCAAGUCAGUCAUAUAAAGUGAAGUUAGGGAAACUAAGAACUAUCCAUUCCAGUUAUUUAUUCUGUUUAUUGAAUUGAAAGAAAGGGAAUACAAACAUUUCUGUUAAGUGCUGUGCACCAACAUGGAAAAAGUGUAUUUUUUUUUUUUUAAAAAUCCUAAUAAAAACAAAUCAGAAGUUAAUGUAGUUCCAAUUGAACAAUUUUUAAAGAUAUGUUUCAAAUACUACACAUUUAUAAAAUAAAAAAGUUAAAACGGUGUUCUGUAAAUAAUUAGUAAAACAAGUGAAAAUAAAUACGAGACCCAAAGUUCUUAUGCUUUUAAUGUAAUAUAGCAAAGAAAUUUUUAACUACUUAAUAUAAUCCGAGGAGAGUAACAAAAAUCCAGAAAGUUUAAGAACGCAAUCCUUUGAAACAUUUAAUAUCAGUCCAUAGCAAAUAGUCAUUACAUACCAAAAGCUCUAAGUGUUAACUAGUUCCACCACAACUCCAUAUAAAUCUUGACAAUUUAGAAAUCUUGAGAUCAACAAUAAAGUUCUUUUCUUGAUCUCUACAGCUUGGUUUGUAAGUACAUACAUGCUUUGAGGAUCCAUUUUGUCCCAUAAGUUUUCAAGGAGCCAAUAACUUUUUCCCUCUGUGCCUAAAAAUGUUAAAGAUCCAAAUCUAGCACAUAUACCCUAACAAUGAAAAAUGUUUAAGAAAAAAGAUGGGGCACAAUGAAUUUCAAAUUUAUAAAAAUAUACUGAUAUUAACCAAAACCUUCCGGUCAAAGGACACUUCACAUACACACAACUUAAAGUAUGCAAUAAAACAUGACAAGUACCUAGAACAUUUGGUUCUCUGUCUGUUCAUGGAACACAUGCACACGCACAUUCACACCAGAUGGGAGGAACACUCUCACAGACAUUUUACUGAAUCCAGAUUAUCUGGAUUAAUAGACAGAAAACUUGUCUACAGUUUAUUUCUUUAACUAGAGGCAGCUACUGCAGUAGUUCAACACUGCACACUUCAAUUAAGUCCACCCUGUUUAAAAAAAGUGUCAGAGUUAAUGAUUUAUUUUUGUUUUCUUUCUAAACAUGUUAAAAGUAGCAGUUCUUAAAAUUAAGUAUGGCAGCUGAAAAUGGACUCAAGCCAAUGUGGAAAAGCCAGGAGGAGGUCAAAAGGAGGAUUAGCCAUUUAUGGGAUGGGUGUUCCUCUUAAUAGUUGUCUCAAAUUAGAUACAAGUGUAUUUUGUAGCUAAAAAUAUGGACAAACUAUUGAAAGUGCAUUUUUCUUCCUCCCCCUUGAGUUACAGUAGUUUGUCUGUUGGUCAGUAAAUCCUGCUUUAUGUCCAUUAUUCCUCUUCCUCUACCUCCCUCCCCAUUUGGGUCUACAACAUCUCCCCCCUCAAACUACAGCUAAUUGUACAAGUCCUGGUUUCCUGCUAAGGAAGCCUUCAAAACUGGCUUUGGGUGGUAGUAGCACUCCGCAGUGUAAAAGUAUAAAACUAGACACAAACUCCCAACAACAUACUGAGUUUUAUUAAACAUUACCUGUUUGAAGCCCAGUUGAGAAGUAACUGGCAAGAUCUGGAUAGAUUUCUAGCUUGCAUCUUUGCUCUAAUCAUAAAAAGAAGUUAACUGAAGUUGGAGAACUUUAGAAAAGACAGAGGGAAUUUUAAACAAAUGUGUCAUCUCCCCCCACUACCCUCCCCUCCAGAACAAGGACAGAUCUAGCAUUUUCCCUUUUGUGCUCCAUUGUGCCUUGAAAAUUACUUACCUGAACAGCUAAAGAACAUUCAGAUAA